AACACUUCUUCCUACCUCGUCACUCGAUACUCUCCACCAUCACAACUAUGACGAUGUCUGGGCGAACGAGGAGCUGCCUGUCGGCGGUGAUCAUGCUGCUCGCGGCGGCAAUGCAGACGGAAGCGUUCGUGGCGGGCCCAGUGAUGGCAGGGAGGAGGACCGCGGUAUCCAUGUCGAGCUUGAAUGAGGAGGCGUCUUCCGCCCAGCCGGCACGGUCUUCUCGGUGGGGAGCCUCCUCCUCUCGCCCAGUCGGCGACGGUUUCGAGCUCAGCGUCGCGGAGAAGUCGUUCACGGAAAUGCUUAGGGAGAAGAAAGCGAAGGGGUCUUUCUUCGCCCCUUCCUCAGAGGCAGCCGCCAACGCCGACGAGGUCGCCGCCUCCGCCGCCGCCGAAGCCGUAGAAGCGGCCGCCGCUGCCGCCGCCGCAGCCGAAGCCACCCACCAAGCCAACCUGGAGAGGCAGAAGCUGGCGUUCGACGACGAGGCCAAGCCCUUCGUGGCGCCAGGGAGCGCAUCCACCCCCAGCGUUUCCACCCCGGGAAGCGUUACCCCUCCCGGAGGCGUCUCUAACCCGGCCGCCGUGUCUACCCCCAGGGUGACCGACCCCGCCAGCGUUGGCCGCCCCAGCGCCCCCGCGGCGCCACCCGCCGCCCCCGUCAGCAGCCCGGCUGCCCCUAGGGUAACCGACCCGGCCAGCAUUGGCCGCCCGGCCGCCCCGGCUCCCCCCGCUGCUGCUGCUGCCCCCGUCAGCACCCCGGCCGCUCCCAGGGUGACCGACCCCGCCACUCUCGCCGCCAAGGCAGCAGCCCCCGUGGCUCCCCCCGCCGCCCCCGUCAGCAGCCCGGCUGCUGCUGCCCCCGCAGCCGGCGCCGGAAAGAAGUGGGAGCCCAGGCCCGACUGGAAGUCUUCCGCUGGUUCCGCCGCCCCAUCGAGACCGGCUGUUUCGAGGCCCGCCGCCGCGGCGGCUGUUUCGAGGCCCGCGUCUGGCGGCCCGGCUAAGGCUACCUUCAACCCCAAGGCGGACGCUCCCUGGAAGGCCUCGGGGGGCGGGGCUCCGGCCGCCCCCGCCUACGCGCCGCCCGCCGCGGCUGCCCCGGCGUACGCACCCCCGGCAGCAGCUGCCCCGGCCUACAGCCCCCCAGCGGCGGCGCCUAAGGCGGCGGACGAGAAGCACAUCGGCACCGGCGGCAUGGCAGACACCCGCGACCCCGACGCCUUGGACCACGAGGACCCCCGCAAGUCCAUCUCCGCCGCGCCUUCGUUCGCGGAAUACCUCAAGUCCAAGCAGAACUAGAGGAAGUAGGUUAUCCGCGCGAGACGUGCGCUCGCUUUCGAGCGUGCGGAGCUUGACCUGGGUCCGUCAGCAGACGGGUGAUGGCGAUCUGGGCUUGGCUUUGAAGCGGGUUGCUGUCUUCUGUUCGGUUUCGUGUUCGUUGGGUGGCGGCAUGGGAGGCGGUGCGAAGUUUCUAGAGAGACGGGCACGCAGGCACUACAACGCCACGCGCGCUGCUGCAGAAAGACGAGCCUCAAGGCAGCGUGUGAGGCGACGGGGGUUGGUUGUACAUUUUUUGCGGUUCGCGGGGAGCGCUGGGCUCGGUCGAUAGCGUGGUUGACCUGGUCCGGGCACAUUUGCGGGACGAAUGGAUGUGUCGUGAGUCGUUGAAUCCCACGAACAAGUGUCGAAGAAGCCGGUGACAGCGUCGCGUGCCGCUGGGCGAAAUUAGGAUGUGUUUUUGAUAGAUUUGAGACAUCUAUCGAAAUUUAGAUAGAGGUGGUACAACUUCUUUUGUGUUUUCAUGCAACGCUGUGUUCGUUUUUUAUAUCCCCUUUUCUGCCGCUCCUCAACUGCUGCUGCUGUGCGACAACGUGAGGGAAAAACCUUGGUACAAUGGAGUCCUUCCUUGUCUCUUGUUCUUUGCUCCGAGUUGGGGUGCGGCGACACCCGUCGUGGUGUUUGAUAUCGCCAGUCAUCAAGUCGGAAAAACAAUGACUGGAUGUCGGCCGGAUGAUGUGGCAGAAGGGUCGUUACGGCUUACCAAUUUUGUAAAGGGCUGGGAGUGUUGGGAUAAGAUUCAUCCUGUUUGGGCUGGUACCAGGUGUUUGAUUGAGGGGGGUAACGAGGUACCUGCCCUUCCCUUGUGGUCGAAUUACGCCGAGGAGCAGCCAGAUAAGCAAAAGCAUGUUUUGUUUCGGUAACGAAAGGCGGCAUUCAGUCGCGGGGGAUGACAUUGGGUGGGAAAUUCUGAUGGCCCCUCUCGGAGGUUGUACAGCAGUAGAAUACGUAAUGGAAACAUCUAUCUAUGCAUACCACUGGAGCCUGAUGCUAUCGGAGGAACGCUAGCCUAACCGGAACGGAAGAAAGGACGUCGUCACAAAAUGUUUGGCGAAUGCUCCUUUUGGCCGCUCACUAGAAAAUGCUAGGUAGAGAUAGGGGGUACCUCGCACAGCAGUUCUUCGCGAUCUUUUCAGAUAUAAGACCGUUGUCACGCUCAUGACCGUAGUAAGGUCAUUAAACGGUUACAAUAU